CCAAGUCCCACUGUUUGUAUUUUACCGGAACGUCAAGGUACAUACAUCCAUGUGCCGCCUAUAGCUCUGUAUCACCCUACCAACAAACACUCUACUUAUUUUAUUGGCCUUUUUUUAUUCCCUCGUUCGUUCUCUCUGAUUCUGCGCCCCCAUUAUACAGGCUCAUUGCUCCAACGAACCUGUUCCGGAGCAUGGAUCCCCUCCUGGCUAUAUGGUAAAUUUUCCGUUAGGAGUUCGGUUGAUACAUGGGUUCUGAGAAAAAGAAAAUGCAACCCGCCAGUUUGGUGCUAUAAUACAUUUUCUCGGUCCGUCAGUCCGCUUGAUCUUCUUUAGCAGGAUCAUUUCAUACAUCCCCGUUUAUGGGAUUGUAUGUCGAUACUGUUCACCUUUCUUAUAUCUUCACCUCGUCCUCCCCAUCUCAGCAGCAGGAUCCUGCCUUUCUUUUCUUUUUAAUCUUCAGUUCGUGCGCAAUUCAUGCUCAGGCCAACAAAGCUAAGUCUAGUCUUUUAAGACGUUGAACCAAGUGGCUUUGUGUACCAGAUAGACUGUUUUGUUUCUUUGUCCCUCUUUUAUAUGUGUCCCAUUGUCCAGUUUCCCGACCAUCAUGUCCAAGCUAUUCUCCAAAAAGCCCAACGCGGGGGCCACCAUCCAGGCUCAGGAAGAAGCUCCCCGGUUCGAAAAGGUUUCGUGGACCAAGGAGCCUGGUCUCCGUCAGCUCUACUUCUAUGCCGUCGUUCUUUGCGUUGCCUCGGCUACUACAGGUUACGAUGGCAUGCUGUUCAACAGUGUCCAGGCCUUUGACACCUGGAAGGACUACUUUGACAACCCUCAGGGUCAGAUGCUCGGCUUGCUUGGAGCGCUGUAUCAGAUUGGCAGCAUGAUCUCUAUUUUCUUCGUGCCUUUCUUCACAGACCACUUUGGUCGCAAGGUCCCUAUCGUCAUAGGUUGUGUCAUCAUGAUUGUCGGCGCCGUCCUUCAAGGAUGCUGUCAGAACCUUGCCACCUUUAUGGGUGGACGUGUGAUGCUUGGGUUUGGCAACAGCUUCACUCAGCUUGCAUCUCCCAUGUUGCUCACCGAGAUCUGCCAUCCCCAACAUCGUGGCCGGUUGACCACAGUUUACAACUGCCUGUGGAAUGUUGGUGCCUUCGUUGUGGCAUGGCUGUCAUUUGGCACGAACUACAUCCCCAAUGAGUGGAGCUGGCGUAUCCCAUGCAUCCUCCAGGGCCUGCCAUCCCUGAUCCAGCUCACCUUCAUCUACUGGGUUCCCGAGUCUCCUCGUUACCUCAUAGCCAAGGACAAGCACGACCAGGCUCUUGCUAUGCUUGCCAAAUAUCACGGAAAUGGUGAUGCUCAGCACCCCACCGUUCAGUUUGAGUACCACGAGAUCAAGGAGACACUGAAGUUGGAGCUUGAGCACAAGAACGCUAGCAAGUACUCCGAGUUCCUGCGCACAAAGGGCAACCGCUACCGCCUCGCCAUCCUGAUCUCUCUCGGCGUCUUCUCCCAGUGGUCCGGCAACGCCAUCAUCUCCAAUUACGUCGCGGUUCUCUACGACACGGCCGGCGUCAAGGGCUCGACCGACAAGCUCGGCCUGGCCGGCGGCCAAACCGUCCUGUCCACCAUCGUCUCCAUCAGCAUGGCGCUGCUGGUCGACCGCGUCGGCCGCCGGCCCAUGUUCCUCGCCUCGACCUGCGGCAUGUUCUUCACCUUUAUCUUUUGGACGCUGACCUCGGGCCUGUACGAGGAGAAGGGGUUGGACGGCGCCCGCUUCGCCAUGAUUUUCUUUAUUUGGGUCCACGGCAUCUUUUACUCGCUCGCCUGGUCCGGCCUGCUCAUCGGUUACGCCAUCGAGGUCCUGCCGUACAAGCUGCGCGCAAAGGGCCUCAUGAUCAUGAACGUCUGCGUCCAGGCCAGUCUGACACUCAACAUCUACGCCAAUCCCCUCGCGUUUGAGCACUUUACUGGUCACUUGUGGAAGCUGUACUUGAUCUACACUUGCUGGAUUCUCGGCGAGGUCGUCUUCGUCUAUUUCAUGUACGUUGAGACCCGCGGCCCGACCCUCGAGGAGCUGGCCAAGAUCAUCGACGGCGACCAGGCCGAGGUCGCCCGAGUGGACCUCGACAGCAAGGCCUACUCAGAGGACCACAUCCUUGGCCGCAGCAGCACCGAAAAGGUCCCGGGCCGUGCCGCCGUCUGAGCAGGAUCAGUCGAGAAGUAGACGGGAAGAUUCUAUUUGUCUCUCAAUCGCCCGGACUUGGAAGCUCGGGAGGGGGGAAUACUUAUGACCUGAACUUUUUAAGAACAAAAUGACCUCUUCUGUAUGAGACGAGAGGCUCUGUCAGUCCUCUUGUUCACUCUGUCCGCUGUUUUGGGCAUGAUUUUUCUUUCUUCAUUUUUACGCUAUACUUGGAUAUAUCACUUCUUGGACUGUAGAUGAUUAAUGUGAUACCUUC